CGAUACACGGCUUGAGCGUGUAUCUCUCAACUGUCUCGCACGUGAAAAUUUUACCGUAAAUAUUGUAUGAACUCUACUUAUUUAAUAAAACACCCAUUGUGAAACAUUGAAUUUCGUGUGUGAUUGGAUUGCGUUAUUAAGUGAAGUUUUUACGGAACUCAACUCUGAGAACAGGAACAACGUGGAAGUUUGCCAAGAUGAUGAAAACAAAACGAUAAAUGGCUGGAAUUGGAAUGUCAAUAUCGCAAUAAUCAUGGACCCUAUGGAUGACCUAGCCAAUUUUACCCUAAACGGGUCCCAAGUAGUGGACCCAACACUUAUAUUCGGACCCCAAAGGGACUCUCUAUACAUCGUAGUCCCUAUCACUAUAAUUUACUCUCUCAUUUUCGUCAUAGGUUUGUUUGGAAAUAUGAUCACAUGUAUCGUAAUCAUUCGGAACAAGAACAUGCACACAGCAACGAACUAUUACUUAUUCAGUUUAGCCAUAUCCGAUCUUCUAUUGCUCGUAAGUGGGAUGCCACAGGAAAUAUACUCAAUUUGGUCCAAAUGGCCAUACAUAUUCGGAAACGUUUUCUGUAUUAUUCGCGGGUUAGCAGCGGAGACAUCGACAAAUGCCAGCGUCCUGACAAUCACUCUAUUUACAAUAGAGAGGUACUUAGCAAUUUGUCAUCCUUUUGUGUCUCACAAAAUGUCAAAAUUAUCACGGGCAAUAAAGCACGUUAUGCUACUGUGGUUGGCGUCAUUCGGUCUGGCGCUACCGCAAGCUCUUCAGUUCGGCAUACGGGUCCACAGAGGGGUCACAAUGUGCUUACAGACAAGGGUCAUCAUCGAGCAUUCCUUUGAGAUAUCCACUUUCUUUUUCUUUUUCGCUCCUAUGAUUGUAAUCACGGUUUUAUACUCUCUCAUCGGGUUAAGACUGAACAAAUCAAAUACAAACAAGGAACACCUGGAGGGAAAAAACCUAAAACGAAAUACAAAAAUUAUACAGAAAAUACAACGCAAGAAUAGUACACAGUCGACGAAGAGAGUUAUCAAAAUGCUUGUUGCUGUGGUAGUGGCAUUCUUCGUAUGCUGGGCACCAUUCCACGCCCAACGCUUGGUGGCAAUCUACGGCACCUCUGAAAAUCACCUUGCAAAGUCACCAAUUCUGCUCUCCGUAUAUUACUUCCUCACUUAUAUGUCCGGAGUGUUUUACUACAUGUCGACUUGCAUAAACCCUAUAUUCUACCACAUUAUGUCAAACAAAUUUAGAGAGGCUUUUAAGUCUACAAUGGUGCAUUGGUGUGGACGAAAAAAUAAUCGCCCUGUAAUGCAAAGAUGCUCUUACACAACGGUUCCUUUUUCCCGGCAAGUUACGUCAAAUGGGUCAUCAUUGAACUCAGGAAAUUCUGCAAAAAUCGAGUCAUCAAAUUUGAAGACACAAACGUUGGGUUUCAAAAGUGGAGAGAAGACAGUGACUCCACGUGUCUGGAAAAUCUGUGAACGUUGCAAGAGAACUUUUACUGCACCCACACAAUCAUAUGAACUAAACAGAUGUGUGCACAGACCAGCCUCCAGUGCCAAAACAUUCCUGCCAGCACGGCCCGACAGCCGGCUUGAACUGUAACUAAUUGUAAGAUAUUAAUUUAAGAUAAAAUUACAUAAUAUUUAACCUAUUUAUCUAGUUCUGUCCAGACAGAAAAGAACUCUAACAUAUAAGUACUAAAAUUUCUAUCAACCUGUGACAGAGACAGGUAUUUUACCUUUUAAUUAUUCAAUCUAAUCCAAAAUCUCCAGACUAAAGUAAUUAGAAUAGUACCUACUGAUUAAUUUAUGUUUUCUUAACCUUCUCUCUUGAUAGGAUGGCUCUACAACUUUAUUCUGUGAUAUAAAGAUUGUUUUUCUAAUUAAAUAUUAAUUAAAGGCAAUGAAGGCGUACACCUAUUAAUUUAAGAUGCUAAACCCGUUACAGUAAUAACUUUUUUUUGCAAUUAAGAACACCUAAUUUUUCAUGAAAAGUGGUUCGAAAAUUAAAAAAAAUCGUAUCCCUAAAGAACUAUUUUGAACAAGAAAAAACACCAUUUACGAAAUAACAACACAUAGUAUUACUUUUUUUGACAUAGUAAUUAUUUUUUGUACUGUUUCUAGAAGUUAUACUUCUUUUGGCGCGUUAGAAGAAUGGUGAGGGUAAAUUAUUACGAUUACGCGCGCACACCGUCACAAAA